UUCUGAUCAGAAUGCGGACCUGUCACUGUGGAAACUGGGUACUCUGCCACCUGUUUUGGUGACCUUUUAUUCAUUAACAAAAUACCUAGACAAAUCAUGUCAAGUGCUUGGGCUUGGCUACAAUCCAACCAUCAGUAUGGAUGAGAUCAACAAAGCAGCAGUCACUCAUUACAAUGGAAACAUGAAACCUUGGCUUGAUAUUGCCAUGAACCAAUAUAAGAAUCUCUGGACAAAAUAUGUGGAUAGCGAAAUGGAAUUCGUGCAGGGGUGCAAUUUUGGCUUCUAGAUGAAUAGUUGUGCUGCUUUCUUAUCAACUUGGUGACACAGGAUAACGAAUUUCAGAUUCUUCAGUGAGUUUUGAGUUUUGACUGUAUUCUUGCCAGUUUUUUUUUCUAGCAUUCAUCUAACUUUCAGAAUGAACCCCAAUGGUGUCAUCACUAAUUUUACGGUAGAAAUGCUAUUUGGUAAUCAUCAAUUUUGUUGUUUUUUUUUUUACUUUUGAAAGGUGUCAACCCAUAGAAAUGUAACAAACAGAUUUGUUUAUGUAUACACAGUAAUGAUUCUUUUCAAUAAAUAUCUUUUCAUUAU